CAAGCAAGCAGAGGGAGAAGGAGAGAGAGAACUCAAGCAGGCUCGGCAGGAGGCCAACCCUGGGCUCUAUCUCACAGCUCUCAGAUCAUGACCUGAGCGGAAGUCAGGAGUGGCAGGCUUCAUCCUACUGAGCCGCCCGGGUGUCCCAGCGGAGCUCCAGUUCUGUAGGAGUACUCUGGCCGCUGUGGAGAGUGAGUGCAGGGGGAAGCCGCCGGCUGGCGAGGAUGCUGCAACUAAUGAUCCAGGCAAGACGCGACGGUUGCCGGGAGAGUAAUGAGAGCUUCCGAAGUCCAGCAUAGAAAGCUGCUAAAAGCAGAGCAGAUCUGGUCAGGUUCCGAGACGCUGAGUCCAGAGCAAUGUUGCUGAAGACAGUGGUCUUGCUGGCCCUGGUGGCCCAUGUGCUGGUGCUAGAGAAUGGGCUCCUGCGGAAGCCACCCAUGGGCUGGCUGGCCUGGGAACGCUUUCGCUGCAACACCAACUGCGAGGAGGACCCGAAGAACUGCAUCAGUGAGCGGCUCUUCAUGGAGAUGGCCGACCACCUGGCACAGGAUGGAUGGCGGGACCUAGGCUACAUAUACCUCAACAUCGACGACUGCUGGAUCGGUGGGCGGGACGCUAAAGGCAACCUGGUGCCCGACCCCAAGCGCUUCCCCAACGGCAUUGCCUUCCUGGCGGACUAUGCUCACUCCCUGGGCCUGAAGCUGGGCAUCUACGAGGACAUGGGCAACUUCACCUGUAUGGGCUACCCAGGCACCACGCUAGACAAGGUGGUUCAGGACGCUCAAACCUUUGCCGCGUGGAAGGUGGACAUGCUGAAGUUGGAUGGCUGCUUUUCGACCCCCAAGGAACGGGCCCAGGGGUACCCCAAGAUGGCAGCUGCCCUGAAUGCCACAGGCCGCCCCAUUGCCUUCUCCUGCAGUUGGCCAGCCUAUGAAGGGGGCCUUCCCCCAAAGGUGAACUACACUCUGCUGGCAGAAAUCUGCAACCUCUGGCGCAACUAUGACGACAUCCAGGACUCCUGGAGUAGCGUGCUCUCCAUCCUGGACUGGUUUGUGGACAACCAGGACAUCCUGCAGCCGGUGGCAGGCCCUGGGCACUGGAACGACCCGGACAUGCUGCUCAUAGGGAACUUUGGCCUCAGCUUUGAGCAAGCCCGGGCCCAGAUGGCACUAUGGACGGUGCUGGCAGCGCCCCUCUUCAUGUCCACGGACCUGCGUACCAUCUCAGCCCAGAACAUGGACAUUCUGCAGAAUCCACUCAUGAUCAAAAUCAACCAGGAUCCAUUGGGCAUCCAAGGGCGCAGGAUUCGCAAGGAGAAAUCCCGCAUUGAAGUGUUCAUGCGGCCCCUGGCCAACGGGGCCAGCGCCUUAGUCUUCUUCAGCCGCCGGACAGAUAUGCCGUAUCACUACCACUCCUCCCUUGCCCAGCUCAACUUCAACAGCUCCCACACGUAUGAGGCCCAGAACGUCUACACGGGUGAUGUCAUCAGUGGCCUCCACUCUAAAACCAACUUCACAGUGAUCAUCAACCCCUCAGGGGUGGUGAUGUGGUACCUGUAUCCCGUCAGGAAGCUGGGGACGCCCCAGCACUGAGGAGCUGAGACAUGGGACAGGCUGUGGCGGCGCCGCUGAGCCCAGACUAUGGAGCCUCCACAUGCCGAGGCCGGCAGGCGGGGUUCUCGGACAUCCAGGCGCGCUCGGGGACUUGGUCCCAUCAGACCCAAAGUGCAAUCUCAGGGCCAGGUUCCAUGCCCUGCCCAAGUGUGAACCUUCUUGGAAACUUGUUUUGGGGCGAUUUCCCAUGGCCUUCCUGGCUUCCAUCUUGCCUGCGCGGCCCCACAGAUGUUACUGAGCAACUCAGCCAGCCUCCUGAGCCCCCACAAGCAGGGGGACUGAUAACCCUCUGACCUUUUUGUUCACUCUGAAAUCAGGAAUUUUUUUUGAAAUUUGUAAAUUUGGAAUUUUUCUUAUGAUUAGGAGUGGAGAUCUGACCUCUUGUCAGGAACUGCCAUGAAUCGUGUGACUGGUUUUCCCGCAUGGAUAAGGCCUUACAGGCUAACACCACCAAGGUAGCCUUGGUUCCGUCAGGUUACCAAUAAAGCUGUUCUUUAACUGA